AUGAUUACAAUAGCACUAGUUGCACUCAAUGGUGCAUCUCAGAAGUACAAAGAUACACUAAUUUGGUGUAUGGAUUUAUUGGAACCCAAUGAUUUGUUCAAUGACGAAUUAGAAAAUGAUGUUUUAGAGUCUCGAUAUGAUAUUGUAAAUGAAAAAUCAUUUUAUUUAGAUUUUAUUAGCACUAUGGAUUGUGCGCUACAACUUGGAAGGUCAAACGCACUUAUGUUUUAUACAGUAGCAGCAGACACUGUAUCCAAUAGUGUGUCUAAAAAACUUUACUCCGCUGAAAGAGAGUUUCAGUCUUGUACUGAAGAGAUAAGGAAAUAA